ACAUUCUAUUAUUUCAGAAAUUGCACAACAAUCCACAGCCAAUUUAAAUGUUACAACUACGACUGCUGAAACUCUGGUUUUAUCGAAUGAAUUACAGAAGGUUCGUGAUUCUUUGCCUGAAGAAACGGCUAUAUUAUACAAUAAUCGUAUCGCACAAGAAGAUAAGGAAUCUUUCCUUAAGGCAAUAGCAAAAGCACAACAGGAUGAACGUAAAAAAGGAGAAUCAACCAUUAACUUAAUUGUUAAUUUAGCCGUACUUUUGAUUGUUAUUGGUUUUAUUGUGGGUAAUGCAGUGUCCAAACAAGAUAUAUAUGAAAUAAUUUCAUAUAGUAUUAUAUAUUCUGUCCAGUACUUUGCAAUUCUAAUGGUUUUAUAUCGUGAGAAAGUUUUAGUGGGGAUGGGAGUAUUGUUUUCUGAUUGGAUCUCGAAGAAUACUUAA